AUGGCAAAACCAGGAGGGACAGGAUUCCUACAUAGCGCGAACCUAGAUACGUUGGAUUCGAAGAAACUCUUCUAUAAGACCCUCGAAGGGAGCACCGCAGUGCAGGGCGUUUACUGCCCACGUGUUCAUGAUACGGAUAACAGAACAGAGAACAAAUUGAAUUCAUGCUCUGAAAUUAGAGAUAAAGCUAAACAGAUCGCAGAGGGCUUGUGCUUUGCAUCUUACAAGAAAAAAGAAGCACAAGCAUCAGCAACCCACACGCAGGCAUACCCUGCUACGGGGGGAGUGGCCGGGCUCCCGCCCCCACCCCUCAUACCAAGCGGAACAGACGGCGAAUCGGACGCUGAAUCGGCCGACUCGGCCGAAUUGGACAAACUGUUCAAUAAAUCCCUUUGUCAUUUUCUCUACUUCUGGCUUGGUAAAGAGGUGUGGAAUAAAAUAGGGGAGGGUAGAGGUACUAAAUUUUUACAAAUUAUGAAACACAUUUAUGAAGCACUGCAAUUAUUCGAUGUUCCGAACAAUUGUGAACUUUUAUACGACGACACCACCACCCCUAACAACUUGACCAAGGAACUAUUUGGUUAUCGAAAAACGGUGUUUGAUUUCACCUUCGAUUAUAAAGGAAUAAAGGACAAACUAACCAAAAUUGGCAACAACUCCUGUGAUAGUGGUUAUUAUGAUCACCUCACAAAUGCAGAAACAGCAUUUAGGGAGGUGCUUACUGAUUGUAUGGACAAAAACAAAGAAAGUGUCUAUUGCAAAGAGUUUAGGGGUACAUUUGAUGUGAGCAAUAAACAAAACCCAUUAAAAUUAGAACAUGCGCAGGAAACUGCAUCAGAAAAUACUACAAUCUAUAAUAACGUUAAAUUAUAUUUGAAAUUCGCACCUACCGCAGCAAGUGCUGCAGCAGCAAUGGCCGCUGCCAUACCUUCCGCACUAGCUACAUUAGCAUUACCAUCGGCUGCAUUCUUCUUAUAUAAGGUAAUAUACGGUCUCUUACCUUCUUGGUUUGGUAAUCACACUUUUGGAAAUAGCAACAGCGGAGGAAGAAACAGAAGAUCGGCAAGAUCUAACUUUGAUACACUAACGGACAAGGAAGAGGAACAAGAACAGGAACAAGUAAUAAUACAAGGCAGCCACAACAACAACAAAAGCAAAGACCACAAAGCCAACCACAACAGAGGCAAAGGCAGCAAAGAAAAAAUAUAA